AUGCUGGUGAGAUAUUUAUUUCUCUUUCCCGCUGUGCUUUCAAUUAUGAUACAAAGGGAACUCGGAUCAAUUUACUUACUCCCCCCCUCCGUGAGCGAACAUAAAAAUUUUUGUUCGUUCACGGAGGGGCUAAUUUUUUUUUAAAAAAAAUCAUAUAUAAAUUUAAAUAAAAUAAUUUUUUCGAAAUUUAAAAAAAUCCCACUUCUCGAAAAUUGGAAUGCAAAUAUAAUUUAAUUUGCAAAUUUAUGUUUUAGAGAAUUAGCUUGAGAUUUCAUGAUACUAUUUAUCGCUUAUAUAUCAAAUUUUUUUUCCAUAAAAAAUUUUGUUCACUCACAGAGGGUGGGUUUUUGUCAAAGAAUAGAAAUUUUUCUAAUGGUUUUGUUCGCUCACAGAGGGGGGGAGCUAACGGAAGGAGAAUCUUAUGAGCUAUACUUAUCAGACUAUUUCAGUGGAAACAAUUUAUCUUUUGCAAUCUCAGAUUCCAAUAUGACAACUGGUUCAGCAGCACUUAAAAAUAAAUGCGAAUUUGAGAUGCUAGAAUUUGUCCCAUACCAAAAUUCAAGCUGAAAUGAAACCUGAACCCAUUCAUCCCUCAAGCCUUUAAUAUCCUGAAGCCCAAUUCUUGGACCAUAUGAAAUCAUAAUAUGGUAUAAUCUUAAAUAUAUAGUCUUUUGGAUAAAUUUAAUAAAAAGGGUCCACUUGUGGGUUCGAACUUGAAGUGUGAAAUAGCGUUCCACAUAUGAAUUCUAAAUGCUUCGACAUACAGAAUGCUAUUUCGCAUGCCAAGUUCGAAUCCACAAGUGGACGCAUUUUACUAAAUUAUGCCAAAAGACUAUAUAGCUUUUUAUAACUUUUCUUCGGAGCGAGGAGAAAUUGAAAUGCUUUGGAAUGGAUUUAUUGACGCAGGGCAAAAUGGAGAAUAUUCUCAAAUAGAAGAUAUUAAAGUUUAUUCAACUGGCUAUGGUCAAAUCUCUUACGCUUUAAUAUGAGUAAAACAGCAGGAAAAUACACUUGUAUGGAGAAACGAUUUUUAUUAUAUGGAUUUAUUAAAUUUAUCAGCUCUAGAAAACCCAAAACGAGUGAUCUUUAGUGAAGCUACUUAUGCCUCUAAUAUAAUCCUAGCUUAUGGGGAGAUUAGCAACAUAAUUUCUAUUUAUCUUGAAUUCUCAUCCUCACCUAGUGCAAUUUAUUUAUAUAAUAUAACAAACGUUGAAGAGCCUAUCCUUAAUCAAGUAAUAUCAAAUUAUUAUGGAAUCUUAAUAAGCAAACUCUCAGUUGCUAGUAUGUAUAUGAAUUCAAUUUAUUUGUACGUUCUUGAUACAAAUUUUGGACUUAUUAAGUAUAGUAUGUCUAGUGUUCGGGAUAGAUUUUUUAAAGAAAAUGAAUGAACUUAUUAUGGUUAUGUUGGGACUCUCAGUUCUAUGUGAGAAUUUUUUUUUGAAUCCAUAGGAAUUAUUUCAAGCUCAGGAGUAUUGUUUUUCAAAAGUCCGCUACAACAAUCAUUAUUAGGUUUUCUGGGAGGGAAAGAAAUGAAUUGGGAGAAUGGUUGCCUUCAAAUUAUUGAAGAUUAUUACUUCGUGCAGUCUAGUAAUGGAAUUUUAUCAGUUGCUUUAAGCUGAGCAGAUCCGCUUCAAAUAUUAUAUAAUAUUGAUAUAAGUGAUCUAGUUGGAGAAAGUUUUCAAGCUACUGGGCAAUGAAGAUUUUUUAUAAAUGAGGGCAUAUUUUAUUUGAGGUUUGAUACUGAUGGCUUAAGGAUUUAUAAAACAUACUUACUCUCCCCCUCCGUGAGUGAACAAAAAAAUUUUUGUUCACUCACGAAGGGUAUUUUUUUUUUUUAAAAUUUUAAAAAAAAAUCCUAAUUUACAAAAAUUGGGAAUCAAAUAUUAAUUUAAUUUAUAAAAUUCUGUUUUAAAACGCAAUUAAACAGAAUUAGCUCGAGAUUUCAUUAUACUAAUUAUCACUUAUAUAUCGAAUUUUUUUCAUAAAAUUAAAAAAAUUUUGUUCACUCAAGUAGGGUGGGUUUUUGGGCAAAAAAUAGGGAUUUUUCCAAUGGUUUUGCUCACUCACGGGGGGGAGUUAGAAGAAUGAAGCAUUAAAUUCUGGGGAAAUUCAACUUACUAUGUCCAAAUCACUGCAAAAUCUCAAAAUGAUGGCAUAAUUUCCAGUACUUUAUAUGUCAACUCAAUUACUCAAAAUUCACAAGAAAUUUUCCAAAUCGACAUGUAUCGACCAGCUUCCAUUUCUACUAUCGAAUUGAUAGCUGACGAACAAAAUGGAACCUAUUUUUCUAUAGUUUUGAAUGAUUAUUUUUCGGGUCCAAAUCUUGAAUUCACAAUAAUUGAUCUUCCUGACUUAAAUACUUCAAGUUUCGAAAUCAUUACUAUGAACAAACUGAAACUAUAUCAAAAUGUUUCUCUGUCAAGCAACAUUACAAAUUAUUUAAUUUCUGGAGCAAAUAUCGUAUCUUUUUAUGAUAAUAAAGUUAUAGUUGAUACAAGUUAUGGCUCUAUACCUAUAAAUGCUACCAAUCCUAUAAAAUUUUUAUGAAGCAAAAGCUACGUCAUAUAUUCUAAGCCAAACCAAAAUUCAUUUUUAAUUAUAAGUUCUUUUUACCCUGAUGAAAUCAUUCAGAAAAUUCCAUCAGAAAUAGAUUGUAUUUUCUUUUUAAUUGAUGAUAGCUAUCUUAUAUGUGCAGAUUCGCAUAAAAUUGAUGUAUAUUGCAAUAAUGAUACCUAUUACUAUGACCCAUUGGCUACUUUAACUGGUGAGCAAUUCGAAAAAGGCUCUUCAUGAAAUAUAACAGAUCUAGCAAUAUCUUUCUCAGCUUAUUCUACUCUCUACAUUUAUAUAAUAGAUAAUGAUUUCGGUGCAGUUAUUGUAGACUUAAAUAGUAUAGUUAAAGCAACUGAACCUUUUAAUUAUUAUGGAAAACUAUCAGGUGCUAAAAAUGUUAUAAAUACAGGAAGUGAAAUUUGUUUUGUUUUUGAAAAUUUUAUUGAGAUAUAUGGGUAUUCUUUAGAAUAUUGGAAAACAAUUUUGACAAAUAUGUAUGAGCCUAUUGUUGGAACAUAUGGGAAGUCAAAUAUGAUUUAUUUGAUAACGAGUAAUGCUUUAUAUAUCUUUGAUAGCGACCAACCAUCACAUAAUUCUUUAUUUUAUACACUAACUAUUAGCAAUCCAAGCCUGCUAUCAUUUGGGCUAUUUAACUGAGGAGAUAUGAGAAUUGCUAAUUUCAAUCCUGAUAAGCACUAUGUUGAAAUCUAUACAAGCUCUUGCCCUAAUAAAGAAUUCUACGAGGGAUGCUCAUUUUAUUAUGGAUUUUAUAUGAACAUUGGCAACUCUGAGUACUUAAGAGACUUUUCUUUGCAAACAAGCAUUUCAAUAGCUGCAUUUAAUAAAGAAAAUUUAUUAAAAGAAACUUUCCCUAUAAAUUUGGUAAUUAAUGGGAAUUUCCCUUGUUAUCAAAAAGAAGAAAAUUGAGAAAAUAAUAAGAAUAUCCCAUAUAACGAGAGAUACGAAUUAGAUUUAAGUAAAUUUUUUGAGUAUCUUAGCAAUAGUUACCUUUUCACCUGCAUUUAAGCGCUUUCUCUUUCUGUUAGGGCAAAAUAUUUUGAUGACUUUGUAUGUUAAUGGAAAUUACUCUUUCAAUGAAACAGUAGAAAACUGGCCUGCAAUUAUUCCUCAGCGAACUGAAUUACUGGGAAGAUACGAUUUGAAUAAACAUUAUGGUAAAACUAAUCAUAUUAUUAUACCCAAUACAGAGAUCGCUGUAAUAUUGUCUUUUUCUGAAUUAUUCAUAAUCGAUGCUACUAUGCUGACGAAUAAAGUUAUGGUUUUGAACUUAACUGAGAUUUCAAAUAUUACAGAUUUGAUAUGUAAUUUUAUGGAUGUUUUCCCUCACACACAAAAUAAUCUCGCUUUAUUAAUAACUUCAUGUGCUUAUAGAAUUCCAGAAGCAAUUAAAUAUAAAAGCACAACCACUUAUAUUUCAGAAUUUGUUUAUGCUAUUAUUCUAUGAGAAUUAGAUUAUGUAAAUUUUGAAAUAAUAAAAUAUAGGCUCCUUAAUGCAUAUAGUGAUCAUAAUUAUCUAAAAGCUGCCCCUCUUGAUGCUCAAAGUUUUGAGAUUUUAGCAUUUUAUAUUGACAAUUCAGCUCCAAAUUAUAUAAAUAACAUUUACAGAUAUAGUGGAAGAUGAGAGAUUAAUGAUAUUAGCAUUAGUCAAUGUGAAGUCAUAAAUUAUUUUUCUUUGGGUUUAAAUUCAUUCUAUGCUCUUCUAGCUGAAUUCAUUGUGAAAGACUCUGAAACUGCUUAUUGAUAUAUAAUUGACGACCAAUAUGGAAUAAGAAUUAUACAAACUAGUAAAAAUUCAACAAGUAUCUUAGUAGGUGGACUUCAUGUCGAACUCAAUUAUUAUUUUGUAAAUUUUGGAUUAUGAGGAGAUACACUUUAUAUAGCAUGUGGAAAAUGAAUGAAAUCAUUUAAAUUAAGAUCUUACACGAGUCUAGAAGAAGAUUUGAAUUAUGGUGCUUACGAGUCACCAGAAUCUGAUUAUUUAUUUUUGCUAAAUAAUGUUGUUUCUUCAAAAGAUAAUAGAUAUAUUGCAUGCCCUGUUUGAAGGAGCGAUCUAGGGUUAUUGAUUAGAAUAUGAGACACAAAAGCAAAGAAUUCAUCUAAUAUAAUAUCAGAAAUCUACGCCUCAGAAAUAAAUACUCUUUUAUAUCCAGUCAGUAUGCAGUUUAUUGGCAAUUCAAUACUUACAUUCUAUAUUAGCCAUGAGAAUGAAUAUAGAAGUUAUAAAAUUAAUGAAAAUUAUUUGAUUUUCCCUAAAAUGAGCAAAGAAGAGUACUCAGAAAUGACUAAUUUGUGGGGAACAAAGUCGUUUUAUUUGUAUAUUAUUGCAGAAAAUUCCAAUGGAAAGGUUUCCUCAAAGUAUCUUUAUUUUAAUAGAGAGGUCAGAGGAAAGAAAAGUGAUAAUUAUUGAUGGAUUUGGGUUUUAGUUUCUAUAGCAAUUGUUGCUUGCAUCAUUGUAGGAGGGCUUUAUAUUAGAAAACUGUUGAAAGCCCAUAGACGUCGAUCUUUAGAGUUAAUUCUUAUGAGAGAAAUUCAUAAUAAAGAGGGUUUACAAGACACAGAGUUAAAUUAA